AUGGACGACAUCGGCGCCCUCUCUGCCUCUUGCCUGAGGUGUUUCGUCAAGCUCAUACAGUCCUUGCCAACGUCUUCAGAUGAAUUUACCAAGAUGAUGCCGCCAAGCGCAAUCAACAAGGAAUAUGCCCGUUUCAAGAUUUGGGCAGGCAAUCUGGGUGCUCUACAGAGAGGCAGAAGCUCUCUUGAUGCUCGGCUGCGAGACUCGGUGGUUCUACGCGGAGCUGUCCUAAAAUUCUUGGGGCAGCUACAAGAAACUCUGACUAAGAGCGCAGAGAUAACCACCGGCGUUCGCCUCCCGUACGAUCAGACUCUACCCACAGACCUCAGAUCGAGUGACGAAGACGCCCCUCUCUAUGAUGAUGAAGACAUUGGCAGUAUUAGUGACACCAGCGGUGAACUGGAUACCGGUGAACUUACCGAGAGAUUGCGAGAGAUCGAAGAUGUUAUGGAGCAUCUGUACAGGCUGUCAUUCAAGAUCCGCAACACGAGAUACCGUUCUCUUGCCCCGAAAGCUCUCCUAUUGAAAGACGAGGAUGAAGAAACAGGAAAAGAUUUGUUCUCAGCGUAUGCGAUAUUCGAUCGUCGGCACGUUAAAGCGGUACUGGAUUUCUUGCGUCUUCCCCCGCCGCCACAGAAGUUUGAAACAGAACAUGCACAAGUUGUCGAUCACGAUAUAGUGGAUUUGUUGGACACCGACUACCAUCUGACGGAUAGCGAUGAUUUCCUGCUAAAUCGACUGGCAAAAGCAAUCACCAAUCGGAGACGGUACUUUGAAUAUUGGCAGAAACAUGCCCUCAAGCUAUCCCAGAAGGUGGAUGAACCAGCCUUCCGGGGAAUGGUCUCAAACAGCACGAGCCUCGUUAAGCCUCUAGAACCUGCUUCCAAGCCCGAUGUCAUAGUCCCUACCGCCGACAAUUUGAUCCGACUGAAUGGGUCGAAAACAGUCGUGUCAGGAACCGAUUUCUCUAGGUAUAACAAUAAUCUAGAUGAUCAAUUGGAUACAGAGUCUGUCAUCUCUUAUGCGACCACCGCGUUCGACUUAGACGGAAAGUCCCCAGAGUUUCCUCUACCUCCUACGGAUGCAGCCGAAAAGUCGGAGUUCGUUUGUCCAUAUUGCUGGGUGCCAUAUGUAUGCACCUAUGAGGAAUGUCCAGAUGCAGACCGCAUGUAUGCUAGUCGCCAUGCGUGGCUUGAGCAUGAGCGGUUGUUCCACCGUCGGGUAUGGAAAUGCUUCGAACACAGAUCCUUCAUUUCCAAAUCCAGAGAGAGCCUAUUCCAACACUUUUCAUCCUGUCACCAAGGCCUCGAUGCGCAGGAGAUCGAAAACCUCCUGGACUUAGCGGAGACGACUCUAGACGACGAUAGAAAGUCGUGCCCUUUCUGCCAUUCAAAUGGGCCUUUCAAAAAGGGGUUUCACAAUCACAUCGCCUUCCAUCAGGAACAGCUUGCAACUUUUGCAGUCCCACGAAAUCUCAACAAUGACGAGAAUUCCAGGCAAGCUCAAGGUUCCAGAUCAAGCGAUUCUUUGUUUUCCACUGCGCUAGACUUUCUGGAGAAGAAUGGCAGCUCUGAAAGCGCCGACGAUGGCGUUGAGCCAAAAAGAUAUGAAAAACGCCUUAUAGACGCUGCAAAAUCCGGCGAUGUGGUGCUUCUGGAAGGAUUCCUCAACGAUCCUGGAGUAGACGUGAAUGGGUCGGAUACCAAUGGCCAGUCAGCACUGUCUUAUGCGGCAGAGAAUGGGCACGAAGAAAUCGUGAAGAUAUUACUCGGCACUGGUGAUGUGGAAGUAGAUUCCAAAGAUGACGCUGGGAUUACACCACUGUCAUAUGCGGCAGAGAAUGGGCACGAAGAAAUCGUGAAGAUGUUACUCGAUACUGGGCGAGUGGCCGUGAGCUCGCGAUGUAAUGAUGGUAAGACGCCGCUACACCUCGCGGCAAAAUCUGGGAACGAAGCGACUGUGAAACUUUUACUCGCCAGUGGCCAAGCGGAUGCGAACUUGCAAGAUCAUAAUGGUAAGACACCACUACAUAUAGCGGCCGGGGAGGGGCACCAAGCAGUUGUAAAACUGUUGCUCGCCAGCGGCAAAGUGGAUGCGAACUGCCAAGAUAAGAAGGGUGAGACACCGCUGUAUGAAGCAGCAUGGGAGAAUAGCAAUACGGUUGUGAAACUGCUACUUGAGGCUGGGGUCGAUGUCAAUGCUCACGGCGGAGCAUAUGGCAAUUCUCUCCAGGCAGCAUCACGGUCUGAUGACGCUGGGAUUACACCACUGUCAUAUGCGGCAGAGAAUGGGCACGAAGAAAUCGUGAAGAUAUUACUCGGCACUGGUGAUGUGGAAGUAGAUUCCAAAGAUGACGCUGGGAUUACACCACUGUCAUAUGCGGCAGAGAAUGGGCACGAAGAAAUCGUGAAGAUGUUACUCGAUACUGGGCGAGUGGCCGUGAGCUCGCGAUGUAAUGAUGGUAAGACGCCGCUACACCUCGCGGCAAAAUCUGGGAACGAAGCGACUGUGAAACUUUUACUCGCCAGUGGCCAAGCGGAUGCGAACUUGCAAGAUCAUAAUGGUAAGACACCACUACAUAUAGCGGCCGGGGAGGGGCACCAAGCAGUUGUAAAACUGUUGCUCGCCAGCGGCAAAGUGGAUGCGAACUGCCAAGAUAAGAAGGGUGAGACACCGCUGUAUGAAGCAGCAUGGGAGAAUAGCAAUACGGUUGUGAAACUGCUACUUGAGGCUGGGGUCGAUGUCAAUGCUCACGGCGGAGCAUAUGGCAAUUCUCUCCAGGCAGCAUCACGGUCUGGUGAUUCGAGUACUGUUCGGAUGCUCCUUGAAGCAGGAGCAGAUGUCAAUGCUCAGGGAGGAUACUAUGGCAAUGCUCUCCAGGCAGCAUCGUCUCAUGGUCCUCUUACUAUUAUCCGGAUACUACUCGACGCAGGGGCAGAUGUCAAUGCUCAGGGAGGACACUACGGUAGUGCGUUAUCUGCCGCGCUGAAAGAAGGUAAUUGGCAUAUCGCAGAAAUGCUACGGGAGGCGGGAGCCAGAGAAGAGCAAGCACCAAGUACAACAGCAGAUUGA